AUGGAGUCUGAAAAAAUUUUAAAUUCUCUCCUAAGUAUUGAUAAAGAAGUUGUCUCUCAAGGCCUCACUUCUUUGAAAAAAUCUCUUGAUACUAAUGACGGGGCAUUAAUGAUAGCUAAUGUCAAGAAAUUAUUUAAAGGGUUUUACAACGUAUUGGCUUCUCAUAGCUUUGACCCUGUAUUACAAUGCACAGAGAUAGUAUCAAUUCUGCUGAAAUAGCGACAACCCAGACUUGGAUAUCUAUUUUUCUAGACUUAUACCAAUAUUAGUCCAGAAUUUAGGCUCAACUAAGAUCCCCGUAUGCUCAGCAACUUUUGAGUGCCUCAAGGUAUAUUUAAGCUCUCAACCAGGAGGUUUAAAUAAAUCGUUUUUGAAGCCAGCCAUUGUUGUCAAGAACCCAGAGUUAGGAAUUGAGGGUACAAAACAUAAUCUAGCAAAUAUCGAACAAUAUCUAGUUAAGCUCAAAGGAGACGAUAAAAAGGAAGAUAAUAUUGAUCAGCUAGAAAAAGAGUUAAACAGGCACGCUCCCAACAGUUCAGCAAGCUUGGGCUCUCUAGUGAGAGGUAAUAGCCUCAGGAUGUCUAACAGAUCAAUAGACAGCAUUAAUAAUUCUUUAUUGGAAGAUAAUGUUUACAAUGUUAAGAAGCAUUGGUUAUCUGAUCGUGGUGAGAUUCCUGGAAGGGAGAUCUCUCAUGACCAAAAACCAUUAAAAUAUUCUAUGGUGAAUGGCAAGAUAGAACAAAGUUAUGACCCUACUGCUUAUUCUAAUUCAGGCUACACAGGAGAAGCAGGGAUCUCAGGAAUGGGUAGAAGGAAGAUGAACUCAGUUGCUUAUGGGCCUGAUGGACUCGCAUUUGGAGUAAUUCCCAGUGAAAUAAUGGAGCAAGUUGAAGACAUUCAUUCUGAUUGGAUUCUUAGAAGUCAAGCUUUGGAAGCUAUUUCCAAUAUUAUUGAAGAAACUUCUUCUCUCAAGGCUCUAUCCAGUUAUGCCUCCUCGUUUCUAAAGUAUCUCUCAAAUUUACUUGAUAUGGAGACUAACUCAAAGCUUAUAUGAAAUAUUCUUAAGCUUAUCAACAAAGUUCUAGAAUUUGACAACGUGAAUGGCCAGUCGAUAGUACCUAAGCUGGUUAAGAAGUUGGCAGAUAGUAAUAUCCAAAUCAGACAACUAGUCAUGAGAUCUUUCCUUCUAAUGAAGGGAAUGAAGCAGACAAAUUACCUGAAUAUGAUAUUGCCAUACCUAAAUUCUCCAAGUUGGCAUAUUCGGGAGGAAGUGUUGCAUCUUAUAAUGGUAUCCUUUCUCAAAAAUACGAAUGACUUUGAUUAUAUGACCAUACUUGACCAGAUCGCUAAGCUGCUAGAUGAUCCAAAGUCGACCGUAAGAUUCACCUGAAGAGAAACUAUUGCAACACUUGUAUUUAAAGGUAAUAAAAACAAAGUAAUUGAAGCCCUCUAUGAACUUGUUGAACCAAAGGAAUACAACAGGCUAUGUGAUAGAUUUGACCAAGGAAGUUGUCCUAAAUUUUAUGAAGAUAGCCUGAUUUUUGAAUUUCCUGCUGUUUCAAGUGGGUCUACAAGAAAUAUGUCCUCAAGAGGUUCAAACUUCAGUGACAAUUCAAGAAGAAAUAUGAGUAAUGAGAAGGCUAAAAGAAGCAGGAUUGGAGACUCUCCUCUUACCUACAAAGGAUUCGAGUAUCAGAAAGGAAGAGAAAUUACAGAUAAUAAUGGUCUUACAGUAGCUGACAGCUAUAAGCAUGGCCCAACUCCUUCAGAAAGAAUGAAAAAGUUUAAUGGGAGUCAGCCUCCUCUAGUUAAAAAUAUUGGAGGAAGUAUGCAUUCAUCUGAGUAUAACAAAUUCUCAAUGCCGAUAAAUACAACUCAAGAUAUUGAAAAGCCUAAAGAUAUGACCCAGAAUUUGCGGCUUCUAAAGGACAAAAUAAGAGUUGGGAGUGCUGGCUCUGAAGAGUCUGAACCAUACUCAAACGUAAAGAUUGGGAACAAUUCUAGAGGGUAUGCUGAGAGGAAUUCAAAUUUAAAAAUAAAAAACUCUGAAAAUAGGAUAAUGAAUAGCUUUGAAGAUCAUAAUUCAGCAAAUAAAUUGGGAAGCCAAAGAAAUGUUGAUAGACUAAAUAACUCUUCAAGGAAAGCUCAACCAAUCAAAGCUGAUCAUAGAGUUUUAGGAUCUGGUGCUAAGCCAGGAAGGAUGAGCAACAAGACAGUUGAUGCUUUCACUCCUCAAAAAGCUAUAAAUAUUGAUAAACCAUAUGAAACCGCAAGCGGGAAUAAAUUCAUGCGAUCUACCCAGAAAUCAGUAAUGAGUGAUGAAGGGGAUAAGUACAUAAAGUCUGAAGAAAUUGAGAGACUAAAGAACCCUCAAGCUUCUAUGACCAAACUUAGCCAAGACUUAACAUCUAAAGGCUGGGAGACCCAAGUAAACGCUUGCAAUGUGCUCCGAAGCAUUGCAAUUCAUGACACAAAGUUAAUAGACUCUACAUUUAUGAGAUCUAUAAUCGGAGAUAUUAUUAAAAUCGCUUCCUCUCUUAGAAGUUCUGUCUCCAAAAAUGGGAUGCUUCUUCUUCAAGAUUUGUUUGAAAAGUGACCUCAUAGAAUGGAAUUUGAGCUCAAAGACCUCACAGAUGCUAUGAUUAAGAAAGGUUCUGACACUAAUGUGUUCAUUUCUGCAGAAGCUGAGAAAUCUUUAUUAAAAAUGGCGCAAAACUGUAAUGAAUCAAAAGUUCUUAGCACGGUUCUUGAGCAUGCCAGAAAUAGAAGCCACUUAGUGAAAAUGAAGGUUGCAAGAUGCCUUGAACAACUAAUCAUCAGGUUAGGUAAAAGAAUAUCCAGCUUUUCUGGAAGCUCCAAAUUACUUGGGCAACUAGCUACUUAUCUCUCAGAUGCUAGUCAAGAUGUGAGAUCUGAUGCUAAACAUGCAUUAAAAGAAUUAUCAAAUAUGCUAGACAAGGAGCAAUUUCAAGAAAUUACAAUGAAUAAUUUAGAUGAGAAAAAUUAUUCUAAGGUAAAAGAUCUCUUUGAAAAAGGCUUUCAGUCUUCAAUGUCAGACUUUAAUCCUACUAGUAAAUCAUUCUAUCGAGGAAGUAGUAAUCGUACAUCAAGAAAGACAAUGAGAGAAGGUGGAAGUGCCUCAAAUGGUUUCGAUUAUAGCAACAUUACGAAAACACCUUCAAAAUAUCGAAGCAGUAAGAGCAUAGUAAAAAUGAACCAAAGCGGGAGCAUCUCUAGAGUCAAUAAUAAGCCAAGUCCUUCCUCAUACUCAAAACGAAGUCUCUACCAAAACAGUUAUGAUUAUGGAACUAGCGAGAAAAAGAAAAGGAUUAAUAAGACUUAUUCAGAGAUUAAUAAUUCGUCAAAGAAUAUUUUAAGAGGAGAGAAUAACCAGAUUUUCACAGAUAAUGAAGACAAUAAAACUAUGAAGUCAACCCCAAAUAACUUUUCAAAGAAUAGAAGAAUAGCGAGGAGAAAUAUAAGGAAACUAAAUCAAGAGAGCAUUCCUCAACCUCCUGAUUUUAGAAAAAGAGAAACGGCUGAUGCAGAUAACCCAACUCUGAACGAGAAAGAUGUUUUUGCUCGGCUAAAAGAUCAUGACUCUAAAGUGUCAUCAAGAGCUGCAGAAUAUUUAAUAAAUAAUUAUGAAGAAAAUAAACUCGAAAUUCCUUCUAAUCUGAGAACAAUAAUGAACUCUCAAGCUGCCUUGUACUGAUCAAACAACGAGAAUAUCAAAAUUAGGGCUGAAGAAUUGAUUGAUAAAUGAAUAGCAAAUGAAAAGGCAUCAAACCUCGUGAAGCCAAUGUGUAAUGCUGUCAAUAACACCAGCCAAAGAUCUAAGAUGAUGUUGUUAGGAAAACUAAACUCUAUUUUACCCAAUGUGUACGCUGAAACCCCUGUCCUUCUCUCAGAGCAGGUGCUCCCUAUGGUAUACAACUUGUUAGAUGACAGAAGUAAGUUUGUCAAGAAGAAGACUGAGGAGAUAGUUCUGACCCUAUACAGCCUUAUCGGAUCAGCCUUGAUAGAAUUUUCUCCAUCAAAUAAACUCCAGAUGAUAUUAAAUAUAAUCUAA